AUGACCUUCCUAACAAGCUGGAUAUCAGUGCUACUGACAUUUCUUCUUCUUUUAUAUUUUUGGAGAGCAAAGGUCUAUGCUUCUGGAAACUCAGAGGAGGAUAUAGAUUUCACAUAUGUUAUUAUAGGAGUUACUCUGGGAGCAUUUCUAGCAAUCGCUUUUGUAGCAGUAAUAAUCUGCAUGAUCAAAAAACAGAUGAUUGACAAUGUUUUUGGAGAGUCAGAUGGCAAAAUGGAUAGAAGGUAA